ACUCACAACGUGUCAUACAUUCCACUUUUCUUUCGCUUCUCUCUAAAUGACAGUCAAGAUGUCCUCUCGUUCUCUGCUCCUCGCGGUAGCCGCUGGCUCACUCUCCUCCCUCGUUAGCUCCCAAGUCACCGAUCCCAAUGCCAUUUGCUACUCAUAUGGUCUUGACUACAUGGAUGAGGGAAACUACUUCAUAAACUCUCUGUCCAAUGAAGACUUUGCCGCUGUCUCCUACUUCAAGGGUUGCAACGGGGGUAACGCAGAUGUUCUCCUCGUUGCUCCCGAGGAAGCUCAGGGGGACACUGAGUUCCUGUGCUCUCAGAUCCCCACUACUCCUGAUGAGGUAAACCAACUGUCUACAUGUCCGAUUGAGAAGAGUCAGAUGCAGUCAGGGCACUGGCUCCUCCUGGUCAUCGGUAACAAUGGCAAGGAUGGUCAGCCUUUUGCAUGGCAAAGAGAUCUGUACUUGACUGUCGGCCCUCAGGUGACCAGCACAUACACGCCAACAAUCACCAUGACCAUUACCUCAACCCCCACUCAAACCAAGACCGACACAACCACCUUCACAGAUGUAAUGACGACUGGCCCAUUCUCAACUGUCACCGUGCCCAGCGGGACUGCCAAGAGAAUCAAGACCAUUACACCCAAAGCAGUGACAGCCACCUCGACCAAGACCAUGACUCGUACCAAGGUUUCCCUCACUAAAGUCGUUUCGAUCACCACCAAGACAGUCCAAGCUACCUGCACAACACCAGCUCACACAGGCCGCCCCGACAAGCCAUGCACAUACUCACCUACCAAGAUCCACCCCGCAGCCCUCGUCACGCCCACCACCAUUCCCACCAACUUUCGCUGGGCCCGCAAGGCCGACCGCGAGGUCGAUAUUGAAUGGGCACGCGCGCGCAUCGAAGCUGCAAAGCGAAAGCGCGACCAAGCCAAGGCACCCCUUGAGCGCCGCGCUCCCGAUGCUCCAACCAUCACCGUCACAGGCGACACACCCGCUUCCACCACUGCCACGGAACAAGGCCCACCAACUACGACCACUGAAACCGUAUUGGUCACCGAGGCUUCUACUUACACCAUUCCGGCUCCUACCGUCUUGUCUGGUCUCAUCACAUUGACCACUACCCUUCCUACGCCUACAAAGACCAAGGUUACGCUUGCCUUCACAACCACGACAAAGACCAUCAACUUCGGCGCCACCUACACCAAGACAAGUACCGUAACGCCUUCAGCCUCUGUCACGGCAUGCAAGAGCCAGGGCGGCCAUUGGUGGUCCUAGAUUCCCCAACGGUCAGAUUAGUUCGAGGCGUACUGUAUUUAGUUACAUAAUUGCUUGUUUUGUAUUUCUCUUUCUAGAAAGGAGAGUGUGUGAUGAUUGGUUGCUUUCCAACACCGUUGUAUAUAGAUAAGCCCCCCGCAAAACGAAUUUUACGAAUAUAUCUACUUGGAUCAUGUAUCGCUGCAGAG